GACUAAUGAGUUUUGAGUUAAUAUUAUUAAAAUUGCGUAUACCUUCUAUAAAAUUACUUCCCGUACUUGCAGUUAUAAAUAUUAAACAUUUUGUUUUGUCUCAGUGGUCAAAGCAAAACAAACACCUAAAUGGCUAUCGAGGAUGAAAAAUUGGCAAUUAAAAGACAAUUUUUGGGAUAUAUUCAUCCAUUAAAAUCUAUCACUAAUGAUUUGGAUCAAAAAGAAUGUUGGAUAGAACAGAUGAAGUACUUGAUUUUAGACUUUAAAACUCUUCUCAAUUUAUCAUUUAAAGAAUUUUGGUCUACAGUUGUUUUUAACAAGCAAGCUACUAUGGGGUUAUGUACAUUUUUUCAAGAAGGUGCUCCUCCUCACUUAAUGGAUCAACUUCCACAGGAUGACGAUAUGUUAAUCAUUUACCACGAAAUUAAUCAUUUUGCAUAUGAAUUAUUUAAACGGCUUACAACAUCAACUGAAAAUGAAGAGAAUUAUAUGUCACCUCAUCAUAUGUGGAGCUUGUUAUAUAAUAAUAAUAUCAUAAGUAUUACCAUGUUGUUUGAUAUAUGUUCUAUUUAUGGCCAGUCACAUAAAAAACAAUUAGAAAUAAUUUUCAAAGAAUUGUUUACUUGUGAAAAAUUAUAUGAAGAAAAAUUAAAACACUUAAUUAAAUUAACAAUUAAAUGUUUAAAAGAGUUUCAAGAUAAAAUCGAAUUAGAUAUGAGCUGUAAUGAUGACAUAAUAUGUCAAAGAAAUAAAACUUCUACUAACAUUGAAGAAACAAAUCUUUGUAUGAUUGAAGAUGAUAUUAAUUUUUUAUUAGACACAUCAUAUAGUAUUUCAAAUUUUUUGGAAAUUUAUCCAAUGGCCUCUAUAUUUUUCUAUCAAGAUAAAUUACAUCUUAAGAUAGCUUCUUUUUAUCAUAAUAUAAAACCUCUAGUUUAUAAAAAAGUAAUUGCUAUAAAUAAAUUAGAAAAAUUUCAAGAAAAACUACAUGCAUCAAGAACAUUAUUCAUAAAAACUGUUCGACAAUGUUUAAUUCCUAUAACUACCCAAAUUACAAAUGGAUCAGAGAAUGCAAUAGAAGAAUAUUUAGAUGUUAUCAUUGAGCUAUUAGUGUACGAUGAAUUUGUCAAUGACUUUAUUGUUGCCUAUAAUUUAAUUGAUGAUAUAAAGGAAUAUCAACAAUUAAACAAAAAAAUAGACUCAAUAAAAUAUGAUUAUUUAUUAAAAUCAUUAGAAUUAAUUAAUAAACCCUAUGCUGAACUUAAAGAAAAUGAAUUACAAGAACAACAGUUGGAGAUACAAACCAAUAGUACAAAUAUGGAAAAUGCCAUAUUUCAGUCUCUUAUAAAUAAUGUAAAAGAUAUAUUGCCCCAUUUAAAGGAUGGAUUUAUUCUGAAAUGUCUAAGAUAUUAUAAUAUGGAUUCUGAAAAAGUUAUAAAUACAGUCUUGGAAAAUAAUCUUCCGUCAGAACUUGCUCAGUAUAAUUCAAAUCUCUCUUCUAUGUCAGAGUAUGAGAAUAAUGCUACUGAUUAUGACCCUACAAUUAAUGGAUGUAUGAAACUUGAAAAUCUCUGCCUCUUAGACGAUAAAUCUUUCCGAAAUGAAAUGCGGCCAUUUUAUGAAAAAUAUAAUUUAACUGAAAUGACAAGUUCUGAAUUAAAGUCAUAUUAUAAUGAUGAAAAUGAAACUUCAAGGGAACUUGAGUAUGCCUUACCAGAGCCAGAAGACGAAAAUAAAAAGAGAAGGCCCGAUGUUAUACCAAGGGUUUUAAUCGAGAAAAAAGCUAUAACUGAAUGUAUACAAGAAGAGUCUUCAGAUGACGAAUCACAGCAACUAUUAAAUUUUGAACCAUUCUGUGAAAAUCCUGAAGAUGUCCGAAAACAAAAAGCUAAAAGAUAUGCUUUAAAGCAAUCUGAUAAAUUCAAUCAAAGUAAACCAAAAGUAGCUUCUUCCGUAUCAGCUACCUCAUCCAAGUCAAAUGAUGAGUUGAACAGGCAAAGAAAAAAUGAAAAGAAAGCAUUCAGUGGGAAUCAUAACAGAAGAAAUGCUGCAAGAAACAAACAAUCAAAAGGAAUGUUUUGAUGCUUCUGUGCCUUAUAUUUUCAUUUUAGAAUAAUUCUACUUAUA